UACUCAUACCCUAAUCAAAAUAAUUUUACAUGACAUGGGUUCAUGUUAAAACUAAACACCUGAAAAUAUUCUCAUCUUAAUUAUUAUAAAUUACAGGGUAUAAAAUCAUGACUGAGAAAUCCAAGGGCUUAAUUUUUGUGUUCAACAAUGUAAAUAUAGAAAUCUCAAGUUUUUUUUUUUUUGUUUUUACUUAAAAGAGUUUUGUUCUGUUCUUAUCUUUUCCCUGUGCUUGAUUAUCUGCAAAACUUUUUUCUGGGGGUUAGUUUACAACUUCACAUUGAAUCUCAUUGGAUUUGGGCUCAAACUAAGUGACACCAAAACCGUGGCUCACCUUAUCCAGACCUAUGCACGAACCAAAGAAUUAAACAAAGGAAAACAGUUGCAUGCUAGGCUGAUCCGAGGAGGGUGCUUGCCAUGCACCUUUCUGAACAAUCACUUCCUCAAUUUGUAUUCCAAAUGUGGGAAGCUUGAUUACACCACCAAACUGUUUGACAGAAUGUCACAUAGAAACAUGGUUUCUUGGACAGCCAUGAUUACUGGGUUUGCUCAUAAUUUGAGGUUUCAAGAGGCUUUGUGUUCAUUUUGUCAAAUGAGGACCGAAGGAGAAAUAGCCACACAAUUUGCACUUUCAAGUGUGCUUCAAGCUUGUGCCUCACUUGGAGCAAUUCAGUUUGGUACGCAGGUGCAUUGUCUUGUUGUCAAAUGUGGGUUUAGCUGUGAACUUUUUGUGGGUAGUAAUUUGACGGAUAUGUAUUCAAAGUGUGGGGAGGUGCCUGAUGCUUGUAAACUUUUUGAGGAAAUGCCUUGUAAGGAUGAGGUGUUGUGGACAUCGAUGAUUGAUGGCUAUGUGAAAAAUGGACAUUUUAAGAAAGCUUUAACAACUUAUAAGAAAAUGGUCACUGAUGAUGUUUUUAUUGAUCAGCAUGUACUUUGUAGUACUUUGAGUGCUUGCAGUGCACUUAAAGCUUUUAGUUUUGGGAAGUCCCUUCAUUCAACCAUUGUGAAGUUUGGAUUUGAAUGCGAGACUUUCAUAGGAAAUGCCUUGACUGAUAUGUAUUCGAAGUCUGGAGAUAUGGUAAGUGCUUCAAAUGUCUUCCAAAUCAAUCCUGGUUGUAGAAAUAUAGUGUCUUUGACUGCAAUUAUUGAUGGUUAUGUUGAGAUGGAUCAAAUUGAGAAGGCUUUAAGCACUUUUGUUGACUUGCGGAGGAGGGGAAUUGAACCCAAUGAAUUCACAUUCACUAGCUUGAUCAAGGCUUGUGCUAACCAAGCAAAGCUGGAACAUGGGAGCCAGCUCCAUGGCCAAGUUGUCAAAUUCAACUUUGACAAAGACCCCUUUGUUUCUUCAACACUAGUUGAUAUGUAUGGAAAGUGUGGGUUGUUUAACAACUCAAUCCAAUUGUUUGAUGAGAUUGAAAAUCCUAAUGAUAUAGCAUGGAAUACAUUGGUGGGAGUUUUUGCACAGCAUGGUUUAGGAAGAAAAGCCGUUCAAACUUUUAAUGGGAUGAUCCACAGGGGUUUGAAACCGAAUGCAGUAACAUUUGUUAACCUUUUGAAAGGAUGUAGUCAUUCAGGAAUGGUUGAGGACGGGUUAAACUACUUUUAUACCAUGGAGAAGAUUUAUGGUGUAGUGCCUAAAGAAGAACAUUACAGUUGUGUUAUUGAUUUGCUUGGUAGAGCUGGAAAGUUUAAAGAAGCUGAAGAUUUUAUAAAUAACAUGCCUUUUGAACCAAAUGCUUUUGGCUGGUGUUCUUUUCUUGGGGCUUGUAAAAUCCAUGGGGACAAAGAAAGGGCCAAAAUUGCAGCAAACAAAUUGAUGAGGCUUGAACCUGAAAAUAGUGGGGCUCAUGUUUUGCUUUCAAAUAUUUAUGCAAAAGAAAAACAAUGGGAAGAUGUUAGGAGUUUGAGGAAGAUGAUAAAAGAUGGCAACAUAAAUAAAUUGCCAGGUUAUAGUUGGGUUGACAUUAGAAAUAAAACCCAUGUGUUUGGGGUUGAAGACUGGUCUCAUCCUCAAAAGAAAGAAAUUUAUGAAAAGCUUGAUAGUCUUCUUGAUCAAAUAAAAAGUAUUGGGUAUGUUCCUCAAACAGAAUCAGUUCUGAUUGACAUGGAUGACAAUUUGAAGGAGAAGCUUCUUCAUUAUCACAGUGAGAGGAUUGCCGUGGCGUAUUCAUUACUAACCUGUCCAACUGGAAUGCCAAUCAUUGUCAAGAAAAACUUAAGAGUUUGCUUUGAUUGUCAUUCAGCAUUAAAAUAUAUUUCUAAGGUUACUGAUAGAAACAUUAUUGUCAGAGAUAUCAGCAGGUUUCAUCAUUUCUCCAAUGGUUCAUGUUCCUGUGGAGAUUACUGGUAAUGUUUGAAAGCCUGAAAGUUUUGAAAGAUAUGAUGCUUCAUGAUAGAAAACUAUUUUAAAGGAACUUUCCUAAAACAUUUAUUGUCACAAAUGUUUGCCUCACCAUGUAAAACAAAACAAGUGGCAUGUCCAUGGUAUACUAACUUUAUAUUAACAGGGGUGAGUAUUCAAGUUUUCAUGGUAUCCAUGUCAUGUGAAUUUAUCAAGGAUAAGAUUUGUUGAAAUGCAUUUCUCCUUGGAUGCCUAACUGCACUUGGCUUGUCGCCUUAUUAUGUCUCACAUGGGAAUCAAUAAGGCACUAAACAGAUAAUGACCCAAGAAAAGAGAGUGAAUCAGACCAAGAAUGUUGGAUUGGCUUCAGGUUCAAAGGUUACUAAAGUGUUGAUGUUUCAGCUAAUCAGUAGCAGGGAAAAGAGGGUUGAUUUGGAACAAGAGAGCCUUUUACAGAAACAUAUAGUGUUAAGUGUUAUAAAAGUGCUAAGCAAGGUGAGAUUUUAGGGCAAUGAUGGAGUUUCAGUGACUUUGAAGUAUAUUUUCCCAUUGUUGGGUUUAUGUUUCAUUUCUAGUCACAUAGCACAGCCUAUUCUGUUAUGGCACAACUCAACCAAAAGCUGCAUUCAUAUUGCUCCUCCAUUCACACACUGUUCCUGAUCCAAUUAAAUCACCCUCUUUUCAAUUACACUGUUCCUGAUUCAAUUAAAUCACCCUCUUUUCCAUCACCUGUUGUUUCUCUUCUGAGCCAGCCCUUCACAGAGUGACAGUGAGUUAAUAUUAUUUUACUUCUUGAGCUAAAAUAUUAUAACAUGAUGAGUCAAAAUCAUAUUAAGUGAUCUGUUUCAAGCGACUGGAAGAAAGAGUGCCAAUGAUUUAAUGAUUUUAUCAUGUGAUUCUCCUAAUAUGACAAAUACGUGGAUUCUUUAAGAGCUUAUGGCAAUGUUAUUGCUAAUUUAAUCAUUGUUUUCAUAGCAUUUUUUCUGGUACUUAGCCCUCUGUUAUGAUGUCGUUUUUCAUUCUAAAAUAUAUUAAUUUUUGGACUUUGGGCCUUGGGACAUGGAUUUGGACUUAAUUUCCUACUAUAUAUGAUCAAGAUGCCUUAACCUAUGAGGUUUUGGAUUCGUAGCAACCCUUCCCCUUGAGAUAAUUUGUUGGAAAGAUUCCUCAGGUAUUAAGACUUAAUUUAGUUCUCUUGUUCUAUUAGCUGUUGCAAAAAAUUUUCAUCCUUAUAUGAAGCAAUAGUGUCUCAGGUUAUGUUAAUUUAAAUAUU